AUGGCCGUAACACUGCGGGACAAGCAGAUAGCCAGCAUCAAGCGCAUCCUCAACCUCAACGCGCCCAUCACCGAUGUCGAUGCCCCCAACGACGCGAACGAAGUGCCCGAGACAGCUGCAGGCGGCGCAAUAUGGAAGGUCUUGGUCUUCGAUGACAUGGGGAGGGACGUUAUAAGCUCAGUCCUGAGAGUGAACGAUCUGAGGGCGUCUGGGGUCACAAUACACCUGAACAUUGGAACAACGCGCCACAUGAUCCCUGAUGUCCCAGUCAUAUACCUGGUCGAGCCAACGGCACAGAACCUCCAAACCAUCACCUCCGACCUCUCCCGUGGCCUCUACAGUCCUGCCUACCUCAACUUUCUCUCCAGCAUACCACGACCCCUCCUCGAAGAUUUUGGCGCCCAAGUCGUGCAGACGAACACUGCAGAGCACCUGGCGCAAGUGUACGAUCAGUAUCUAAACUUUGUGGUGUCAGAGCCGGAUCUGUUCCACCUGAACAUGAAAGGCGCAUACCACACCUUGAACAGCGGGCAGACGUCUGAUCAGGAGCUUGACAGUGUCGUGGACCGCAUCGUAUCAGGCCUCUUCUCAGUCGUCGUCACUAUGGGCGUCGUCCCCAUCAUUCGUUGUCCCAAAGGAGGCGCAGCAGAGGAUAUCUGCGCAAAACUCGACCGAAAGCUGCGAGAUCACAUCCUAAACUCCAAGACGAACCUCUUCUCAGAUCACAAGUCCUCGGCUGUGACAUCACGGCCUGUCAUGGUCAUUGUCGACCGAAACGUAGAUCUGGUGCCCAUGUUCAGCCACUCAUGGAUUUACCAAAGCUUGGUUUACGACGUCCUCGACUUCCACCUCAACAAGAUCAGCAUCUCGAUUCCUGUUGACAAGGACCACCCCGAGAAAGGCGUCAAGAAGCAGUCUCACGACUUGACGGCCUCUGACUACUUCUGGGCGAGAAAUGCGUCUCUACCCUUUCCAAACGUUGCUGAGGACGUGACGAACGAGUGGAAUAAAUACCAGCAAGAUGCAGACAACGUGACGAAAAAGACAGGCGCGUCAUCCCUCGACGAUCUGAACGGAGAAUCAAAUCAAUUUGCCGCGCACUUGAAGGGCGCUAUGGCUCUACUCCCAGAGCUACGGGACAGGAAGACCACCAUCGAGAUGCACAUGAACAUCCUGGAGGCUGUCAUGGAAGGCAUCAAGACUCGCAAGAUGGACUUUUACUUCCAACUCGAGGAAGAGCUAUCGAAGCAGUCGAAAGCGCAGAUUCUGGAAGUCAUCAAAGACAACGACAAAGGUAACGAGCCUCUGGACAAGUUGCGACUCUUCCUCCAAUGGUAUUUGACCACCGAAACCGAGCUCUCCCGCGGCGACUUCGACUCUUUCACGCAGGCUCUCGAAGCCGCCGGCGCAGACACCACACCCGUCAAGUACGUCAAAUCUGUGCGACAACUCACACGCAUGACGAUGAUCACAUCCGCACCUACGCAACCCGCGCAAAGCACCUCGCAUCUCUUUGGCGGCUUCUCCAGUCUCUCUUCUCGCGUGACAGACCGCUUCAAGGAGGCCGGCUUGGGCGCAAACUUCGAAGGCGUAUUAUCGGGCAUCAAAAACUUCCUCCCGACCAACUCAGACCUCACACUCACCAAGAUCACCGAAUCGCUCAUGGACCCCCAAAACGCCUCGUCUUCUGCAAUCUCCAAGACCGAAUCGUAUCUCUACUUCGAUCCUCGCUCUGCGAACGCGCGCGGCACGCUUCCCCCCGCAAGCGCAAGCCGCAACCAACAGAACACAGUCGGUCGCGGUAUCGAAGCCACGUUCGGGCAAAGGAGGCAAGGCUUCAGCGAAGCCAUUGUCUUCACCGUGGGCGGCGGCAGCAUGGACGAGUAUGGCAACCUGCAGGAGUGGGCUAAGCGGACAAGUGCCAGCGCGCAAGGCCCGGGCCAGAAGAGGAGGAUUGUAUACGGCAGUACCGCGUUAUACAGCGCGACCGAGUUUGUCACCAAAGACCUGGCGAAGCUGGGACAGGAGAGCUCGUAG